AAAAGGUUUGGACUUCCGAAAAUUUUGGAAGGAUGCUUUUGAAAAGAAUAAUGGCGGGCACGCGUAGCAGAACCAUGACGGAACGCAUGACGCGACGCCGACGUACGGCCGAGGGUGACGAUCGCCGCACGCCAGCACGUCGUCGGCUCCAGGUUCCGGCAGCAGCCGCAGCCGCGCGCGCCGCCCGCCCAUGGUCAACACCCACCUGGAGAUCGAGGCGUCUCGAUCCCCAUUUAUUUACCCCUCCCAUCCACCAUUGCUCAGCAGCAGAGCGACGACGAAGAUGCUGAGGCACUCAUCUUCAUCAUCUUCUUCUUCCCCUAUUUAUACGGCACUCGCCCGUCUCACCAGGCUCAAGCUCAACAGCAAACGUCUUCUCUCCUCGACAGCGCCUUCCAGAAAGACAAGCUCCACCACCCCGCUCCUCAUCCUAAUCCUUCUCCUCCUCCUGAUCCUUGUCGUGAGCGCCGUGUUCUUGCUCCCAGCCACCACCAUGUCUUCGUCUGCCCCGACGGCGCCGUUCAAGAACCCCAGGGCGGUGGUCAGGAAGCUGCUCUCGGAGGCCCAGUCCGAGGGGCAUGGCGCCACCGUCAGGCGGAGCAUCGGCAGGCACGAGCUCAGGAGCCUGGACCCGUUCCUCAUGCUCGACGAGUUUUCGGUAUCCAAGCCCGCUGGGUUCCCCGACCACCCCCACCGAGGAUUCGAGACCGUGACCUACAUGCUCGAUGGGGCCUUCACCCACCAGGACUUCUCCGGACGCAAGGGCACCAUCAGAACAGGAGAUGUUCAGUGGAUGACGGCCGGCCGUGGCAUCGUGCACUCGGAGAUGCCGGCGUCGGACGGCGUGCAGAAGGGCCUGCAGCUCUGGAUCAACCUCGCCUCCAAGGACAAGAUGAUCGAGCCGCGGUAUCAGGAGCUGCAAAGCAAGGACAUAAGCCGCGCCGAGAAGGACGGCGUGGAGGUCCGGAUCAUCGCGGGGGAGGCGUUCGGGGUGCGGUCGCCGGUGUACACGCGGACGCCGACGCUCUACAUGGACUUCACGAUGCAGCCGGGGUCGCAGCUCCACCAGCCGGUCCCGGCGGGGUGGAACGCCUUCGUGUACGUGAUCGAGGGGGAGGGCUCGUUCGGCCGGGAGGGCGCCGCGCCGGCGGCCGCGCACCACUGCCUCGUGCUCGGCGCCGACGGGGACGGGCUGAGCGUGUGGAACGGGUCCGGCGCGCCGCUGCGGUUCGUGCUGGCGGCGGGGCAGCCGCUGAAGGAGCCGGUGGUGCAGCAGGGGCCGUUCGUGAUGAACACGCGCGCGGAGAUCGAGCGGGCCACGGAGGACUACUACUACGGCCGCCAGGGGCGGACCUAG